UCAUAUUUUAUCUCAAAAACAUAGUGGUUGCAGACCUCAUAAUGACACUGACAUUUCCAUUUCGAAUAGUCCAUGAUGCAGGAUUUGGACCCUGGUACUUCAAUUUUAUCCUCUGCAGAUACACUUCAGUUCUAUUUUAUGCAAACAUGUAUACUUCCAUCGUGUUUCUUGGGCUGAUUAGCAUUGAUCGCUACCUGAAGGUGGUAAAACCGUUUGGGGACUCUCGCAUGUACAGCAUAACCUUUACCAAAGUUUUAUCUAUUUGUGUUUGGGUGAUCAUGGCUGUUCUGUCCUUGCCAAACAUCAUCUUAACAAAUGGUCGGCCAACUAAGGAAAAUAUUCAUGACUGUGUGAAUCUUAAAAGUCCCUUGGGUGUCAAAUGGCAUGAGGCAGUUGUUUAUGUCAACAGCUGUUUGUUUGUGGCUGUGCUGGUGAUACUGAUCGGAUGUUACAUAGCCAUAUCCAGGUACAUCCAUAAAUCCAGCAGGCAAUUCAUAAGUCAGUCAAGCCGAAAACGAAAACAUAAUCAGAGCAUUAGGGUGGUCGUGGCUGUAUUUUUCACUUGCUUUCUACCAUAUCAUUUGUGCAGAAUUCCUUUUACCUUUAGUCAGUUAGACAGAUUUUUAGAUGAAUCUGCACACAAAAUCUUAUAUUACUGCAAGGAAAUGACACUUUUCCUGUCUGCAUGCAAUGUAUGUCUGGAUCCAAUCAUUUACUUUUUUAUGUGUAGGUCAUUUUCAAGAAGGCUAUUUAAGAAAUCAAAUAUCAGAACCAGGAGCGAAAGCAUCAGAUCACUGCAAAGCGUCAGAAGAUCGGAAGUGCGCAUAUAUUAUGAUUAUACAGAUGUGUAA